UUCUCCCCGGCAAUGAUUGCAUACAGUGAUAAGUGUGCUGCACCUCUUCUAAUAAAAAGUAAAAACAUUUGGUUCGGAACAAUACUAUCUCUUAAUUGGAAGAGUAGCUGAAAAUAAGUAUGAUAAUGAUUCUAGUACUUUCUAGAUACACACAUAGCACUUGUACAGUUGUACUCCUAAUUGAGGUACACAGAAGAAGAAAAGUAUCCAUGCAAUGAAGUUGCAACAUUCUCUGGUUCAGUCUGUCACCCCUUUAUCUCCAUCAUCACCACCAACUUCACCCUAUCCAAAAUUAACUUUCUUGCUGUGGGGUUAACAAAGAAAGUUGAAAAGUCGCUGUGCAUGUUGUUAAAUUGUUAAAUGUUAAUCGUAACAUGAUACCCCAUCAAGUGCUCCAAGUGGGGAACAUGACAUGUUACACAAAACACAAUUAGUGUCAUUGGACCCCAUUCCCACAACAACAAUACUCUUUUGUUCCAUUUUCAGGCACGCUUCAUCCUCCCACCCUUUUUAAUCCUUCCUUCACCAUGUAAUAAUAAUAAUUAGUAUUUUAUUUUAUUUUUAUUUCCUCCUUUUUCACCAUGAACGUGCCAUCAUCACUCCACCUUACAGAAUCAUUCCUUCUACCGUUUUCUCUCUUUUAAUUUUUUAGCAGCACUGCCACAUUCUCAGUCAGCGCUAAUUUGAUUGUGUCACACUCACAUGCAUUACUACAAGAAGCAGAAGAAUCAGUCUUCAUUCUUUUCAAACUUUCUCAACUAUUAACACAACACACAAUCUCUCUUCCUUGAUGUGACAGAUGAAGAAAUCUGGAAUUCCCCUGACUCUGAUGAUAUUAUUGUCCUUGGCGUGGUGUGAUGGUGAGAUAAUAAGAUCGGUUCAUGUUCUUGACCUGAUGAUAAGAGACUACACGUUCAAGUCAGUGGACAAGAACUUCAAGACAGGGACAGCAGAGUCAGUGAAGUUACCUUCAAAGCUAGCAGGGAUCAGUGUUGACACAGUAAGGUUCAGAUGUGGAAGCUUAACAAGGUACGGUGCUGAACUAAAGGAGUUUCAUCUCAAUGUUGGUGUAACCGUUCAUCCAUGUAUUGAGAGGGUCAUGUUGAUAAGACAAAAUAUGGGCUCUAAUUGGUCUUCUAUAUAUUAUUCUAACUAUGAUCUAUCUGGCUACCAGCUUGUUUCUCCAAUUCUCGGACUCUUAGCUUACAAUGCCGAUCAAGAUUCCAAUUCUUCAAACUCAAGCAUCAACCCUUUUCAACUUGGAAUUGUGUCUGGUGAUAAACCUCUCACUAUUGAUUUCACCAAUGCUACAAAACUGAAUGAGGGGACGCCCUUGUGUGCUAGUUUUGAAGGAGACGGGAGAAUGACGGUGGCCAAAGCCAGCGAAUAUUCACCGUUUGUUUGCGUUGCCAAGAGGAAUGGGCAUUUUGGGAUGGUGGUUGUGGAUUCUGAAGUGGAUGAGUAUAAUAAGAAGCCCAUAGCUCAGUGGAAAGUGGCGGUUGGAAGCACAAUUGGUGCUGCAUUAGGUGCUUUCCUUCUUGGGUUGCUCCUGGUGGCGAUGCUUGUGAGGGUGAAGAAGAGAUCAAGAAUGGUGGAGAUGGAAAGAAGGGCCUAUGAAGAAGAAGCUCUUCAGGUUUCAAUGGUUGGUCAUGUCAGAGCUCCUACUGCUUCUGGAACAAGAACCACGCCCACGCUUGAGCAUGACUAUAUAAAUUCUCAUCUUAAUUAAGCAUUGUUGCUGCUCAAUACUUUGAUCAAUCGAAUCAUUUUUGUAACAUUAAAUACUACAUUUGUAUAAUUAGUUUCAAUUACAACAGUGCUUUGCUGCCUAUGUUAUUCAUUCAUAA